AUGGCCGCCGCCACCGGGGCGCCGCUCGGCGGCCUGAACCCGAGGCCGAAGCCGAACCCUAGCGCCAACUGCCCCGGCCCCCGGUCGGGGGGGAAGCCCGCCGCGCUGGCCGACAUCACCAACACCGGGAGGCCCGGCCCUCCCAGGCACACCAUGGCCGACGUCCUCAAGGAGAACGCCAAGUUGGCUCAGCUGGUUGCCCAGAAAACCAAGAUCAUUGAGCUCAGCGGCAUUGAGAUUAACAAGCUCCGUGCUGCGCUGCAGAGCACGCAUCAGCAGAACCUGCACCUCGCGCAGGCUCAUUCUCAGAUCACCGCGGAACUAAAUCAGGCAAAAGAUCGAGUAAAGGUACUGCAGCAUGAGCUUUCAUGCGCAAUAGCAGUGCUUAAAGUAAAGGCUUCGGGAAUUGAGCGAAAGAGUACGACUGCUGAUAACCAACUGCAAACAGAAAUAACUUCACAGGAGUUAAAAGCCGCACCUUCCAAAUCUGCACCAGUCGAAGCUCAUCAAGCUGAUAAUAAGGGCACCAGUGCUAAUGUGCACCAUUCAGUCGAGACACAAUCCUCUGUGCCAUUUAAUACAGACCAACCAGAAGCACCGCCAGAUAAAACAAAUAAAAGAACAUCAGUGAAUACACGCACAAGUAAGCGAAAGUCAGAGUCACGUGAAGGUAUAAAAGAGACCAACACAUGUCAACAGAGCCACAGACCUGAUGUGCAACCCACUGGAUCAUUGCAUCAUGAGGAUCAGAGAAACACAGUACGAAGAAAGUCUUCUAGACUAAACCCAGGGUCUUGUGAGAUGGCAGAAGCAUCUUGUGAGAUCUUGCCUACAGACACUGCAGUUCCUUCAUCUUGUAGUUUUAGUGUUCCAGAACUUGAUGAUCCAAAUAAUGGAGAAGACAUGCGGAAGGCAGCACAAGAUGAACUGUUAUGCAACACAGCAGUGCAUAUAAAGGCUUCAGUACUCAAGAAGGACGAGAUAAAUAAGCAUCUGCAGAAAGAAGCAAAUGUGCAGGAGGAGAUACAAGAAACACAUUCUGUGGUUCAUGGAAUUGAGGACCCUGAGGCACAUCAAAUUGACAGUCACACAAAGAAUACGAUCCCAAUCCACCUGGCAGAAACUCAACCAUCUCUGCCAUUUGACACUCAACAGCCAGAACCACCCAAAGAAAGAGCAAAAAAGAGGGGUGGACACAAACGGAAAUUGGAUUCAUGUGGAGGUCAAAAGGACUCAAACAUAGAGGACACUAAUUCCAAACUUGAUUCUAUUUGUAGUGAACCACCGUAUCAUGAAGAGACAAGAAAAUCUCCGAGAAGAAAAUCCUCAAGAAAGAACCCAGGAGAAUUUGCUGAGGCCACAAAGGAAAAUCUUGAGACCAAGCAAGAGGAAAUUAUUGCUCCUGUAGUCCCUUCCAGCUCAGAUGUCGUGAUGGAGCAGACCAAAGAAGAGAAGCAAAGCGACAGCCGUUCCUUGAUGGAACCUUCUGAAGGGCAGGCGGCGGGGAGGUCCUUGGUGCAGGUGACAGGUAGAAGGUCUUCGAUGCGGGCAGCAGCAAAGGCUGUAUGCUACAAGGAGAUACCCGUGAACGUGAAGAUGCGACGACCUUAG